AUGUUGGGUGGAGUUAAGGCGAACACGAUUGUUGAGGCGAGGUGUCACGAUGAGAGCGGGAAUGGAUACGAUGUGUGGAGUGUGAGUGAUUGGUGGAAGGUGGGGAUGCGGGGGCAGGGAAAUGGUGAGAAGCGGGGGGUUCAAAUCCUGCUCGCGACGAGUGUCAUCACCUUUUCCUUCCUCCCCCUCUACUCCCUCACCCCGUAUGUGCACGCAGCGUGUGGUCCUCCGUCCACAUUGUUAUGGCUGAGCUGGGACAAUGCUCCGCCUGCAUGCUACUGGCACAGGGAAGGCCAGGUUGUUGCACGAAUGACAGCACUACAGACCUCAGGUUCAGGUUCCGCACCCGAGCUGUCGAUUCUUGAUAGAGUAAAAUUAGGCAAAAUGUGGCGUCGCGAUGGCCGAGUGGUUAAGGCGAUGGACUUGAAAUCCAUUGGGGACUCCCCGCCCUCACUCAUCACCGCCAUCGGGCAUGUUGCAGAGAUGGAGAAGCCAAAGGGAGCAGAUUUACGGCCACUCACCGACGAUGACAACAGUAUGCUCUUGUUUGACCUUUAG